AUGGGCAAGAAGAGAGCGAGAGAGGCUGACGGCGCCCCGCCUAUCGACAACUCCGUGGACAAGAUGGACGAAGACAGCUCCGAUGACGAGGACUUCGACAUGGUAAAUGUGGAUUUCGAGUGGUUCAACUACGACGCCGAAGUCGACUUCCAUGGCGUCAAGACUCUCUUGCGACAACUCUUCGACGUCGACGCCAAUCUGUUCAACAUGUCCGCGCUCGCCGACCUUGUGCUAUCCCAGCCGACUAUCGGCUCUACGAUCAAGGUCGAUGGAAAGGCCACCGAUGCCUAUGCGAUGCUCACGGCCCUCAAUACGUUUGUUCACCGGGAAAAGGAGCCCAUGCGCGACGUCCUCAAAUACCUGGUCGAGAAGGCCCAGGCCAACCCUUCGCUCGCCGCUAUCCCUUCGUUGGUGAAUGCCGGCAAGCAUAUUGGCUUGAUCUUCUCGGAGCGCCUCAUCAACAUGCCCUCAGAGCUGGCGCCUCCUCUGUAUUCCAUGUUAAUCGACGAGAUCGAGGCGGCCGUUGAGGACAAGGAACCCUACGAAUUUUCUCACUACCUGAUCUUGUCAAAGACGUAUCAGGAGCUUGAGUCUAAGAUUGAUGUUGAGAGCCAGAAGCGUAAGAAAGCCAAGGGGGAUUCUCAGAUAUACUAUUUCCACGCCGAGGAUGAGGUGCUGCAGAAGCACGCGGUGGCAUACGGCAACUUCAACUACACAAAAGAGGACGAGGUAGUAGCGGACAGCAAGCGGGCAUUCCAAGAGAUGGGCGUUAAGGCACAGGGACACUUGAUUCUCAUUGAGGCGGGCAAGUUCCAGGGUGCCAUCAAGGCGGUUAAUGAUUAUUUGAGCGCUCCGCAAUAA